AUGAUCUUGAAAGAUCAUUUUGUUACAGUGUUUUUCAAUCAUAAAAGUAUCUUGGACUUCGAUCCAUAUAAAGUUUUUCUAAAUAUAACUUCAAUCGAUACUCUUUUUCGUGAAAGAUUUUUAUUCUUUCUUCAAAAAGCCUUUGAAGCAUCAUCAUGGAAAAAGGAAGGAUAUUUGGUGAUCUUGAAUGAUGAUGGUCAAGAAGAGGAAGUUGAUAUGAAAUUUUGGACUGUGUUUUUACGUUGGAUAAAAUAUCAAGAUAACUAUGUUAAAUUUGCGGAUAUUGGUCCUAACAAAUACUUCACGAGGGAUAUCCAUGUUUUUUUUCUGGAAGUGAAAAGUCGAAUGUACACGAAUAUUAGAGAUAUAAUGCACAUGAUAAAGAAAUGUAAAUUGUCAGGUGGAAAUGAACUUUGCAAUUUAAGAGGAGGUUGGUACGAAAAUAUUAGAGAUACCAUGUACAGGAUGAUUAAAAGAAUGUCUACAGGUACAAUAGGUGGAAUGGAUGAUUGUUGCAAUUUAAGAGGGGGUUGUUUUUAUGAAUUUAAAAUGUGUCUUUGGAGUCUUGAAGGUAUUUAUGAGGAUGAAAAUGAAACAUGUGCAUAUUUUAAAGAACUUCAUAGGUUAUUAGAUGAAAUGAAUUCAAGUGAACAGGUCAUUAAGUUGAUCGAUGAGACUUUAAACUCUUACAGUUAUUAUAGAUUUAAUGUUGAGAGGAAGGAGACAAAAAAAAUAAUUUCAGAUUAA